CUUCUUGUCAUUCACCGAACAAAACUUAUUAACUCAGUGGAUUCACUCACCAUUUCAUCAUCUGAAAACAAAAACCAUACUUUUCAGACCCCCUAAUCGCAGAAAGAAAAGUAGAAGAAAAUCUCCAUAAAAUCAUCCGAAUUUCCCGCACGUUUCAGUAUUGUCUAUCUUUAGCAAAUUGAAACAGAAAAAUUCCACCCAAAAAAUACCUUUUUCAUGGGAGGAGGCAUUACCCUGAACUUUUAUCACCACCAUGGCGGGUUUCCUCAGCUCAUCUCCCAAAACCACUGAUGGUCCUCUAAAUCCAGCGAUCAAACCCAUACCUGGUUUUGUUGAUCCUCCUAAACCCAUCGGUGGUUUUCUCUUGUUACUCAUAUUUCUUCAUUCUCUGUUAUAAUAAUUAAUUAAAAAAUUGAUUUGUUUUUUUCUUGAUUUUUGUUAAUGGCUUCGGUGUUUUUGUAUCACGUGGUGGGAGAUCUGACUGUUGGUAAACCAGAAUUGGUUGAAUUUACAGAGAAUGAAAGCGUUGAAUCAGCAAUUGCAGCAAUUAGUAAGUGUACUGAAGGUGGGAUACCUGUUUGGAAGAAGAGAACGCAAAUGGUGGGUAUGGCUGAGAAUUCCGAGAUGAGACAACAAAGAUUUGUGGGUAUUAUCAAUUCUCUUGAUAUUGUUGCGUUUCUGGCUAGAGAAGAUUGUUUGAAAGAUCAAGACAAGGCUAUGAGAACUCCUGUUUCUGAUUUUAUUAUACCUAAUAAAUCAUUAUUGAAGGAGGUUGAUCCCGGUACAAGAUUGAUAGAUGCAUUGGAGAUGAUGAAGCAAGGAGUUAUGCGCCUCCUUGUUCCUAAGAGUGUGGCAUGGAGUGGUAUGAGCAAGCGCUUCUCGAUUAUUUACAAUGGUAAAUGGCUAAAGAAUCUGGAUCCAUCAUCCAUGGGAAGCAGCAAUAUCUUAACAGGCAGUAGCAACCGCUCGUCCACAUCUUCUCCUGCGUUUCGUGAGACCAAGUUCUGCUGCUUAUCUAGAGAAGAUGUGAUUCGCUUCCUUAUUGGCUGCCUCGGUGCUCUGGCUCCUCUUCCUCUCUCCUCUAUCUCGUCCCUCGGAGCUGUGAACUCUAAUUUUCACUUUAUUGAGGCACUAUUGCCGGCACUAGAAGCUACCCGUAAGGUCCCCCAAUAUCCGACAGCAAUAGCUGUUAUAGAGUCCACAGAUGGGCGAAAAAAGAUCAUAGGUGAGAUUUCAGCUUCCAACUUAUGGAAAUGUGAUUACUUAGCUGCUGCAUGGGCCUUAGCCAACUUGUCGGCAGGCCAGUUUGUAAUGGGAGUUGAGGACAAUAUGACUCCAAAGUCUUUUCCGGAUAUGUGUUUGAAUAAUAAUGAUGGUGCUGCUGGAGCAAGGGUGAAGAAAUUCUCUAGUAGGAGUGUUGGGUUCUUUAGCAGCAACCCAAUGAGUCCAUCUGCUGGAGGGCGGAACAUGAUGUUGUAUAGAGGGCGGAGUGCACCAUUGACAUGCAAGGUCACAAGCUCGUUGGCUGCAGUGAUGGCUCAAAUGUUGUCUCAUAGGACAGCACAUGUCUGGGUGACGGAGGCUGAUAGUGAGGAUGAUCAUGAUGAGACUUUGGUUGGGGUGAUUGGUUAUACUGAUAUCCUUGCUGCGGUGACCAGGCAUCCUGCUGCAUUCUUUUCUCCAGCUUCUUGAGUUUUGAGUAACUGGAUCUUAUUUGGUGUAGUGGCAGAGAGAUUUGUUGCUUUUUCUUCCGUGAACAAGUCCAAUAUAUAUCUUUUCUAUUUGCUUUGUUUUUGAUUCUUUUCUCCAACUUCUUGAUGAUGCUGUUGUAUUCAUACAAGCUGUAUUAGUUGGGUUUGGAUGCUGUUUUCGAUUCUUUUAUUGUGGCAAAUAAUGGAUUCUAAUGUAAGUGUUACUGUAUCUCGCCAGCAUAAAUCUGUGCCAAAUAAUGGAUUCCAAGUUUUCUUCCCAGAAAA